CACACUCUUUGAUCCAAUGUGGUGGUCAUUAAACCUUGGAAAUUCAUUAAAAUAAUCGUUUUUAUCGAGAUCUGUUUAAGUUUAGUGUUUGUCGCAGUGUUUGGUGAAAUGUUUUGGCUAAGAUAUUCCACUGUGCUAUUUGUGUGUUUUGCGUCUACCCUUUAUGGAGCUGCAGAUGUAGAAGCUUCGCCGCAAUCUGAUACCACAGUGUUUAGAAACAUCCUAGGGCGUCUUGGUUUUGCUAAUCAAAAUCAACCUCCUCCCAGACAUGACACACCUGCCUCACCGUGUCAUUGCACAUGUGGAGAACGCAAUGAAAAUAGUAGAAUAGUUGGCGGAAAGCCGACUCAAGAAAACGAAUUCCCGUGGAUGGCGAGGCUGUCUUAUUUCAAUAGAUUUUACUGCGGAGGUAUGCUGAUCAAUGACCGCUACGUCUUGACCGCAGCGCAUUGUGUAAAAGGGUUUAUGUGGUUCAUGAUCAAAGUUACAUUUGGCGAACAUGAUAGAUGCAACGAUACAAGAAGGCCCGAAUCGAGAUUUGUACUGCGAGCCAUAUCGGGAGCGUUCAGUUUUCUGAACUUCGACAAUGACAUAGCCCUUUUAAGGCUCAAUGAUAAGGUGCCUAUAACCCAACACAUUAAGCCAAUUUGUUUGCCUAAAGGAACAAGUAACACGUACGUGGGGCAAAGGGCCACGGCGGCAGGGUGGGGUACUCUUAAAGAAGACGGAAAACCUUCAUGCAUUUUACAGGAGGUCGACGUUCCUGUUAUUAGCAACGAAGAGUGUCGGAACACAAAUUACUCUGCGAAAAUGAUAUCCGACAACAUGCUCUGCGCUGGAUAUCCGGCAGUUGGGCAAAAGGAUUCGUGCCAGGGCGACAGUGGUGGACCCCUCAUAGUAGAAAAACCAGAUCAGCGAUACGAACUUAUAGGCGUCGUAUCUUGGGGAAACGGGUGCGCGAGGCCAGGGUAUCCUGGCGUAUAUACCCGAGUAACAAGGUACCUCGACUGGAUUUUGGAAAAUUCAAAAGAUGGCUGCUUCUGCGAUGACUGAGACUGAACUGAACUCUUAAUUUAUGGUGUGAUA